AUGUCUGACCUCAGCCACGUUACAGUGUACUCGGACUCUUCUGAUAUUUAUAAGAAUGUGUUCUGCAACCCUGCCUUUGAGCUGGAGGGGGAGCGAGAGGAGAGGGUGGAGGGAUUCCGGACAUCCUCGUCCACCCCAGAGCCAAUCAAACCGCCAGCAGCUCGCUGGGGUGUGUUUGGGGUGUGUGUGAUGCGUCUGAGGGCCCCGGGUUGUGGCUGGGGGGUGGUGGUGAUCUCUGCUGCCGCCCUGCUCCUGCUGGCGGCUCUCGGAUUGGCCCUCGCUCUCCUCCUCACACAGAUUAAAGGCCAGGCAGUGGAGGAGCAAUUGUUGUCCACCAGCCCCCCAGACCUGCUGAGUGCAGGGAAUGGAGUGUCCCAUACUUUACCCACAAUCUCUGCCAACAGAAGUCAGCUGGACAGUACAACUGCACCACAGCCUGCUCGGAGCCCACCAUCUGAAACACGUAAGAGAUAUAGGCAAAAUGGUCAUUUAUAUUCCAAUUUUCAUAUACAUGAACUAAAAAUUUUGGCACCUUUCUUUUUGUGUAACUGUAACAAGGCAUUCCUUUCCUUUCUCUCAGGUUGUGGAGGGGUUUUGACUGACCCAGAGGGCAGCUUCAGUUCUCCCAACCACCCCGGCUCCUACCCCCCCAACUUGCUGUGUGUGUGGGUGCUCCGAGUCCCACCGCCCUCCGUGAUCCAGAUCCACGUGUCCUCUCUGACUGUAGAGGGACCGUCUCCCUGUCUGUUUGACUGGCUUGAGGUGCAGGAGCAGAUAGAGCAUAACUCUGUGGUCACCAGGUUCUGUGGUAACGUGGCACCACCAACAGUCAACACGAACAGCAGCACAGUGUGGGUCACCUUCCGCUCCGAUGGGAGCAUCGCAGGCAGCGGAUUCACUGCGCAGUACAAGGCCAUACUGCCUGGACACAAGAGCUGCUCCAGAGAAGAGUUUAUGUGUGACAGUGGUCGCUGUCUGCUGCCUGUGUCUGUGUGCGACGGCCAUCCGAACUGCCAUGACCAAACGGAUGAGGCAAACUGCAGCCAUAAACACAAAGAAUGUGGCGGGCAGAAGACCGGGCCGUAUGGUUACCUGUCGAGUCCAAACCAUCCCAGGCCUUAUCCUCACCAGCAGUUGUGCAUGUGGUAUUUAUCUGUCGAGGAGGGUCACGUCAUCACGCUGAGCUUCAGGAACUUCAGCCUGGAGACUCAGGAUGUGUGUGAGUUUGAUUACGUGGAGGUGCACGACAGCGUCGAUGCAGGAGCUGGACGAGUGCUGGGAAGGUUUUGUGGUACCACCUUCCCUCCGGACCUGACCUCCUCUGGCCCCCACAUGACAGUGGUGUUUGUGGCCGAUGAGGGAGUGGCCGACAGCGGCUUCAAUGCCACCUACCAGGCUGUGUCUGUACUGGACAGGACAUGCGGGCCCAGCCAGUUUGCCUGCAGUACAGGGGAGUGUCUUCAGAAGCAGUGGUUGUGUGAUGGAUGGAACGACUGCCCUGACGGAGCAGAUGAACAGGGCUGUGGCAACUCCACCUAUCCUCCUUUCACUUCAUCGUGUGAGUUCAUUGAAGUAGAGAUGUGUCAAGGCCUCAGCUACAACCUCACCUCAUUCCCAAACAUCUGGCUGUCCAUUGCUGAUCAGAGAGAAGCUGCCACACUCCUGCGACAGUAUCGGGUGCUGAUGGAGCUGGCGUGCUUCGAGCCCUUGCGGAGGUUGGUGUGCGGGAUGUUUCUGCCCCAGUGCAGCCCUCAGGGUGGCGUCCUCCAGCCCUGCCGCUCAGUCUGCUCCUCUGCUGAGCAGCAAUGCAGCCAAGCCCUGGAUCUCUUCUCCUUCAGCUGGCCUUUCAACUGCCACCUCCUGCCCGACUCACAGGACCCCAUGGAGUGCUCGCUGCCUUGACGCUUCCAAGAGUUUGAAGUUUCAAUCGUUUUGUUCGUAAGACACGAUCAUCUCCACCCCCGUCUUUUUCAGAGAACACUUCACACCAGAUCUGCAGCAGCGUUUCAGGACCAAAGGGUCUGCAUGUUACAGAAGUGGAGACUACUUUUCUGGACAGGGCCAGAGGGUCCACAGCAUUCAAAAGCCGUGUUGUGUAGAAAGCAGUUUGAUUUGUAAUAUGACUGCAAUCCUCAUUACACAACGCUGCCUAUAAAGCUUGUGGUGCAUGCAGAAAAUUGUGGCACAGUAGCUAUUUUUUAAAGCUUUAAAGUAUGUAGAUGAGAGGUUUUUCAAGUUUUUUGUGUGAUUCAGAUAUCAACUAAGCAAAAUGAAAGCAAAGUUUCAAUCUCCCUCUCCAAUAGAAAUUUAACUGCUGUAAAUUUUUGCACUAUUUAUUGCUUUGAUGUGAAUCAUGUGAACAGAUCUCACCAGGAGUGAAUACAGAAAGAACACCUUUAAAACAAUCUUUAUUGCAUUGUUCAUCAACACACCAUAUGAUGUGCUUUUGUCAUUUCAGUGUUUAUAACAGUCUAGAUUUGAUCUAGCGUGACAAUAAAUGGGCAUGAGUUGAAUCACACUAGAAAUUAUGACCUCUGUUGCAGAUGUGCUUCACUGAGCCCACCUGUUAAAAUGCAAUGCAAGCCUCAUGGCAGAAGUUAUGUCAGUGACUCAUCAUCUUCAUGCACCUGAUCCAUUGAAUAGAGACUCUUACACACCUGAGACUCAAAAAGUGCAUAAGCUGAAAAAUUCU